UGGUAGUAGUGCUCGUAAUUACUGGAUCCGGGCAGAACUUGUUCAUUAUCCCGAUAAAAUGGCAGAAGUCCCUAUUGACAACUCGACGAAAAGUUUCACACUGCUGUGUGAUAUGAGAGACAUUAUAAAGGAUCAGGCGAAGACAAUAAAAUCACAGACAUUUCAAAUCGAGCUGCUGGAGUUGCAAGUUGAAAAAUAUCGUAAAGAACGCGACGAUUUACGAGAGCAAUUAGACGAACUUACUAAACAUUUUUUAAAAGUAGAAGAUUUUCCGUACACGUCACAAGAUUCACACGAUUCAACGGACAGUACGUUUGAAAACAGUGCGCAGAGGUCAGAAAGUGUGCCGCUUGAUAACAGCCCAUCAACCUCGCUUACUAGGAGUGAUAGCGGCAGAUUCAACUCGCCAACGUCGUCUGAGCUUAAGAAAAUACGAUCUUUGAAGCGGGAAAAAUCUAUUCGUCAGAGACGUGAAGAUGAUGUGCUAAUCAAGCGAUCACGGGCUUACAGCAAUGCAUAUGAACUAUCGUCUGACCUUCAGAAUAAGCAGGUUGAAAUGCUGCAGAAGAAAUACGGGGGAAGACUUAUAACAAAACGUGCAGCAACAAAAAUACAGGAAGCAUUUCGGCAAUAUUCUAUGACAAAAAAUUUUGAGAAAAUACGAAGUGCAAAGUCUGAAAAUCGUAUGAGUAGACGGUUUACUAAAUUUAAAGACUCGCCAGAAUGGAAUAAAAUGUUCAGUAAAUGCGUUGUGUCUCUAGAUUUUGAGCCUGGAGAAUCAACUGAUGAACGCUUCAAUAAGUCUGUUGACAUUGGAGAGGUUGCUCUAGUUAAUAAGUGUCUUGCUGAACUUACUGAAUCUGUGAAGCAUGAUAUUGUCGAGGACAGUGCUAAAACUUCCAUUCCAUCACUAAAUGAGAGUAAUGAGCUGUCACCAGAACAUAAACCAAUGUCUUUACCAUGUUCUCCGGAACAUAAACCUGAAAUUAGAGUGACUGAUCAUGAUGUUAUUACUGAGACCAAACAGGAUUUAGACAAAUCGCAUCUCAGCUCUGGACAGGAGAAACAAAACGCUGAAUCUCAAAAACCAAAUAUUGAGGAUAAUUUGGACUCAAAAAGAGGAUUUACUCUUGUGUAUACGAUCCACUUACACGAUGAAUCCAGUGAGGAACAGACGAUAGAAAGGGAACCUGAAGAUGUAAAAACUACACACAAAAGUGUGCAAAGUGUACCCAUAGACCCACAAAGUGUGUCCACGGACAUGGAAAGUAUAACGAAGGAUAUACCGAGUGAGGCCACCAAGCACCAUGAUCUGUCAGUGGAAAGUUCUCCAGAAACAAAGCAAGUGCAAAACGUAUCUUGUGAAGUGCCGUCUGUGGUUGUAGCUACCCCAGAGGGUAAAAAGACUGUUAUUGAAGGGGUAGAUAAUAAAAAGGCAACACCAGAAAGGACUUCUGUGCCUCCUGCCAAAACAUCUAGUAAGAAAAAGAGGCGUACUAGGGAGGAGGAGGAUUUUAUGAAACCUCAAAAAGCAGUUGUUAGAGUUAUAGGGUCUCAAGAACAGGUUGGAUCUCCUGUAUGGAGGCGGAAAAUGCUUGACAGUACAUCCUCUGUUAGUUCAGGUGCUAUCUCCGGUGUUAGUACUGGGAUGAGCAGUGGGUCAGGUAGCAAUAGGAGUAGUAUAUGUAGUAUAAGUAGUACUUCAACCAUAGCAAGUGUCAAAAGUGAUAUAAGUACAAGCAGUAGUAACAGUGAUAAACCAGCUAAGAUUAGUAAUGGAGUAGCUAAACCCAUGGACAAAUGUGAAAGUUUUGAAAGUUUAAGUACUGACGGUAGUUGCCAGUCUAUCUGCAAUGAGAGUUUUCAAGGAAGUAGUGACAGUAUCAGUCUGAUGUCGGAGAGUAUUAGUGUGAGUGAAGUUGAAGCAGUACAUGGUAGGAAAUUAUCACCAGCUCCAUCAAUCUCGCAUACUAAUGUCACUUUGAUGCCACUGACAGAGGAAAGAAAACGAAGAUACCGAGUGGGACUUAAUCUGUUCAACAAAAAACCAGAAAAGGGUAUGAAAUUUCUAAUUGAUAACAAGUUUUUGGAGAAUUCACCACCGGCUGUUGCCAAAUUUCUUCUGACAGCAAAAGGAGUUAGCAAACAAAUGAUAGGAGAAUACCUUGGCAAUUUACAAAAACAAUUUAACAUGGAAGUACUUGAUUGCUAUGUAGAUGAUAUAGAUUUGAUUGGUAUGCCAAUUGAUGAAGCACUCAGGAAAUUCCAAACCUAUUAUAGAAUGCCCGGAGAAGCACAGAAAAUAGAAAGACUGAUGGAGGCUUUUGGUCAGCGGUACUGUAUGUGCAAUCCACAGUUCGUGUCACGGUUUAAUAAUCCUGAUACUGUAUUCAUCUUAGCCUUUGCCAUUAUUAUGCUAAAUACAGACCAACACAAUCCUAAUGUCAAACCAGAAAGGAAAAUGAAAUUAGAGGACUUUGUCAAAAAUCUUAGAGAUAUAGACAAUGGUGAUGAUGUGGACAGGGAACUAUUAGUUGGGAUCUAUGAGCGCAUUCGAAGAAGUGAAUUUCAGCCUGGUGUGGAUCAUGUUACCCAGGUUCGGAAACUGGAAGAAAGUAUAGUAGGCAACAAACCAAUAUUAGCAGAACCAAAUAGAAGAUUGGUAUGUUAUGUUAGAUUAUUUGAAGUUUAUGAUCCCACAAAGAAAGACAAACUACACCAAAGAGAAAUCUUCCUUUUUAAUGACAUGAUUGUGAUCACUAAAAUCUUAAGCAAAAGAAAAACAGCCAUUACAUACAAUUAUAAGAAGUCUUUUCCUCUUCAUGGAAUAACAGUUUUAUUGUUUGAAUCACAGUACUAUCAAUAUGGUGUUAGACUGGCAAAAUCCGAGAAAAUCCUCAUCAAUUUCUCAGCGCAGAGUGAAGAAGAUAGAGCAAGAUUUGUGUCUGAUUUAAAAGAAGCUGUUUUAGAGAUGCAUGAAAUGGAAGAUUUAAGAAUAGGAGCUGAACUUCAAAAACAGACAUUAACACUGAAGAGGUCACUUGGUAGUGGUAGUGAUUCAGGAGUUGGACUUGACACUGAUAGCAUAGCAAAUGGUGAUCUCAGAGACAGCAUGGAUUCAUUGACAGUUACUGAUCGCAGUAAUUCUCUGAAACGCUCAGCACUCUCUAAUUCUUUAAUGGAUCUCAAAGAUACAUCAGGCAAGAAAGGUCGCCGAGACAGUGCCGGAUCUCUUGACAGUGGAAUGGUUAGUAGUGACCUAUAG